AUGCGUCAGAGUGAAGAACGAGAAAGAACAGUCAACAGCCGCCGGACAACAUCGAAGCGACGGAGUAAAAAGUGGUACGCGUUUUCGUCAGAAGGAAAAAUCCUCCGUUUGCUAGUCCGUAUUCCGGAGAAUGAGCUCGUCGGUGAUGUUAUUCGCAUGUUCGAAGUGUUUUUCACGCCAUCCGUUCGAGGAAUUGUCUCCGGGUCAGCAGCUUUGCAAGGAUUGCCGAGGAUCAUUUCCGAUUGUAAAAUGCACAUACUGCCGCACAGAAUUUCAGCAAACCAGUAAAGCAAGCACGGCAGCAGUUUGUAAAAAAUGCGAGCAGAAUGUUAAACAAUAUGGAAAACCGUCCGCUUGUGGACUUUGCAACAUCAUUGCAGCGUUCAUCGGAUCCAAAUGCCAGAGGUGUACAAACUCCGAGUUAAAGUAUGGACCAGCGGUAAAUUGCGAUCAGUGCAAACAGCGAUGUGCCUUUAGUAGGCCUGACUAUAAGGUCGACGGCAAGCUGCUAUGUUGGCUGUGCACGCUGUCCUACCGUCGUGCGCUGACCAAGGCCCGUCAAGUGGAGAGUGACCGCCGACGUGCUAAGAAGCGUGGCGCCGAAUCUGGUCCGCCAUCGAGUCAGCAGAUUCAGAUAUCCGGAGCUCAGGGAGCCGGUUCCGGAAGCGGCGGCGGUGGCAGCGGCAAUGUUCCUCUGGUAGCGAGCGGAAAUUCCAGCAGCCGUGGUGGAGAUCGUGGUCAAUCGGACAAGAGCAACAGCAGUAGCGCGAACAAUCGUGGAAUUUCCAGCUUGCCACCACUGGGGGAUCUGAAUAUGAGUUUGGGCCCACCGGAAAUGCCUGACAAUGCGUCUUCGGUAGGAUCGGCAGCGGCAAGUGUAGGUGCCAGUGGCGGGCUGGAUCGUCCGGACAAUGCCCGGAAUGACAGCAGUCGACACAGUAAGAAAGCUCGCACCGAUCAUAUCAAGUCGAUGGUUCCGGAAAUUCCGGAAAAGGUGGUCAAAAGUGCCAACAGCGGAUAUGUCGAUCCCCAUAGCACGGAUCACGUUAUCGCAAUGACCCAACUCAAAGAAACUAUAGCCACUUUACAGAGAAAACUGAAACAAAAGGAUGGAGUUAUUUUGGAAAAAGAAAAAGAGAUCAGCGCAUGGAAAGGAAAGCAUCUAUACUUGGAACAGGACUUGAUGAGAAAAUACAAGGACAUGGAGAAGAACUACGAGUUCAAAGUGGACGUGUUGAACAAGAAAUUGAAAUCACAGCUGCUUGAAAUUGCUUCACUGUCCAAAGCAGCCAAGGAUGCAGCAGAUAAGAAGAAGAAACCCAUUGGCUUUUUGGCAACCACAAAGCUUCACAAGUUGAAAUCAGAAGCAAAGGAAAAAGAGCGCGACAAGGUCGCAAGUCGCAACCGCAUUGCCGACGAUGACGACGAGGAAGACGAUAAAGAAGACAAGGAAAGCGACAAGGCUUCCGAGAAAGGAGGUUCUGGAAGAAAUACUCCUAAAGAAAUCGGAAAGGACAGCCCGCGUGACGUUGAUUCUGGAAAGGAAAGUCCUCGUGAUUCUGAUAAGGAAGAUGACAAAGAGGAACAAGUAACGAAAAAGACAGCUAAGGACAGCGAAGCAGCUGAAGAGAAGGAAGAUGAACAGAGUAAGAGUAACGGUUCUGCUAAAAUCGGAACUGAUUCAGACAAGGAAAAUGAUGAUAGAAAGGACGAAGAAAAGGAAUCGGAGAAAAACCAAGAAAAAGAUCAGAACUCCGAACAAGGUUCUGACAAAGGAUCACGACGAACCUCUGAGCAUGGUUCUGAGAAGGGAUCAGACAAUGAAUCCGAUAAAGAAUCCGAUCGCGAGUCGGAUAAGGAUUCAAACCGCGGUUCUGUGAAAGGAUCUGAUCGUGGAUCGGAUAAAGGAUCGAAUCGUGGCUCAGACAAAGGGUCUGAUAACGAUUCCGAUAAAGGAUCAGAACAUGGUUCAGAUAAAGCAUCAGAUCGCGGGUCGGAUAAAGGAUCUGAUCAUGGGUCGGAUAAGGGCUCGGAUCAUGGAUCCGAUCGUGAAUCAGAUCAUGGAUCCGACAAAGGAUCAGAUCACGGUUCCGACAAAGGAUCCGAACACGGCUCUGACAAAGGAUCAGAUCGCGGAUCCGACAAGGGAUCAGAUCACGGAUCCGAUAAGGAAAGUGAUAAUGAAUCAGAAGACCGUUCAGCUAAAGGUAGCGAUAAGGAUAGUGGAUCCGACAGCGGUUCCGAUCGUGAUAGCGAUCGUGAUUCAGAUUGAGAAAAAAACACCAAUACACAGUAAUCGGAGAACCGUUCUAUCCCAAGACGUUCAAUAAAUGUGUUAUUCUCAUACAUCAGUUUAACAUAAAACCUAGACAUUUAAGCAAUUGUUGUUCAUUUCUUGUAUGUCUGUUGCAAGUCCAAUGGCUAUCAACUACUUUGCUCUUAAUUCUGUUCAUGCAUAUGUACUAGGUUUUAAUUAGAAGCAAAACUAGACAUAGAUGUUUAUAGGAUAAAACUACAAUAGGUUUGUUUGAAACUACAUGUGAAUUUUAAUCAUCAUCGCCAACAGCAGACGGGUGCAGAAACAAAAAAAAACUUCCCAGCAUAAAAAGAGCUCAAACAUUCACCGGUACCACCUCAUCAGCAGUGAUUGUCUAAAAUGUCAUUGCAUGUUGAGCAACUAUUUUGUUCUCCAAUUUUUUUUAAAUUGUGUGGUUAAAACAAUAUUUGCGAUGGAGUUUUCCCCCCAAUUUCAGUUAUCGAUAAUUUAUCAUCAACUUCGAUUAGAACAGUAAGAAAUAUAAAUAAAAACAGAACAUUGUAAUGAGAGAAAUACUUAAAAUAUGAAUAAAUAAGUGCUG